GACAACAGGAACAGAGGGGCUUUGGCCGGAAAAAAAAAGGAGAGAGGAGAGAUUGCCUUGCCUUCUAAUUUCUCCCUCUCCAGCCCCAAAACAAUGUCGAUGAGCCCUAAGCAUACAACUCCUUUUUCAGUUUCCGAUAUCUUGAGUCCCCUCGAGGAGAGCUAUAAGAAAGUAAGUAUGGAGAACAACAACUUGGGGGCACCUCUUACUUCUUACCGGCAGCCGCAGGUCUCUCAAGCGGCCAUGCAGCAGCACCACAUGGGUCACAAUGGGACCGUGUCUGCGGCUUACCACAUGACGGCGGCAGGUGUUUCCCAGCUGUCGCACACGGCCAUGGGGGGCUACUGUAACGGCAACCUGGGCAACAUGAGCGACCUGCCGUCGUACCAGGACGGCAUGCGAGGCAGCGCCACGGCCACCGGCUGGUACGGAGCCAACCCCGACCCGCGGUUCUCCACGAUUUCUCGGUUUAUGGGCUCGUCGUCCGGCAUGAACAUGGGCAGCAUGGGCAGCCUCGGCUCCUUGGCAGAUGUCAGUAAAGGCAUGGGUUCCCUGUCCAGCACCCCGAGGAGGAAGCGACGGGUGCUCUUCUCCCAAGCGCAGGUCUACGAGCUGGAGCGACGCUUCAAGCAGCAGAAAUACCUGUCGGCGCCGGAGCGGGAGCACCUGGCCAGCAUGAUCCACCUCACCCCGACCCAGGUGAAAAUCUGGUUCCAGAAUCACCGCUACAAGAUGAAACGGCAGGCGAAGGACAAGGUGUCCCAGCAGCAGAUGCAGCAGGAGGGCGGCUCCUGCCAGCAGCAGCAGCAGUCCCCGCGGAGAGUGGCCGUGCCGGUGCUGGUCAAGGACGGGAAGCCGUGCCAGGGCAGCGCCGGACACACGCCCACGUCCUCGGCGCAGACGCACCACCAGGGGGGCAAUGUCAUGAUCAUGUCCAACAACGCGUCCGGCCUCGGGCAGCACCAGGGCCAGCAGGUGGGGAGCACAGGCCACUCUCCAGACCUGGUACCGCACUCCUCCAGCCCGCCCUCCAUGCAGAGCCAGGUGGCCGGCCUCUCCCACCUCAACUCACCCGGCGCGGAGUACGGCUCGGCCUUGCAAUGUUCGGCUUUGUUAUACGGCAGGACGUGGUGACAGGAAGUGCCUGCUAUGAUUUAAAUCAUAUACUUAAUGAAAAAUAAAGAGACACUCUUCUCCGUCAAGACUCAGAACCCCCAAUGUAAAAGCGCGCAUCUGAACAAAAGACCGCAGCGCUUCUUGAAAGGAAACUUGACUUGUGUGGAAAAAUCAAACCUCUUUUCCCAGAAACUUCGGAUGUUAAAGACUUGGGAAUUAUUUAUGUAAAUUAUAUUGAAACAAAAGAAGAGUCAGUAGAGAUAUAGUUGGGAAACUGAACCAGAACAAGGACGCACGCCACUGGACUGCACGGCGCUGUAAAAGCCACCGCCACAAACACACGUGACGACUCUAAUUUCUAACUGAAAUUAAUGUGAGACGUAGAGCUAGCUUGUAUAUUUCUGUAAAAGGUUUGAAUUUUAGCUCUUUGUUGUACAAAGUUUUUGACGCUUUGCCGGUUUGUUGUCGUUUCAUUGGUAUUUGUACGUUUUAUUUCUUUGUAACUUAUAUAGAUAUUUGACUUGCUACGAAAUAGUCAUAUUAAUAAAUUAUGGAAAGAAGACAGAUAAGCUUUUUGUGAAAUAAUUCAAUAGAUGCGCUCAUAAAUUAUGUACAAUAUUUAGUCAUUUGGAGGGAAUUCAACAACAGCUCCACAAAAGGAAAGCGGUGCGGCAUGAGGUCAUUGAUGUUAUUAAUUGUAUUAUUACGUUUUU